AUGUACAAGCAGCUGCAAGGUCAAGAAGAUCCGACCGGAUAUGCACGCAGGGCAGGAAGGUCCCCAAGGGCCGCAUCCACGGAUGCCAAGCAGUACGAGAACUCUACAAUCCAAGGCGAAUCGGAUAUAUCGAACUCGAAGCCUCCUACCUACGAGCUGCUCAACGACAGGAUAUACCACGAUGACGACUUUCUCCUGCUGGCAAGAACUCUGGAGCCUGACUGUCCCGUCCCUACGAAGAAGCGCUUCUUUACAGGAUGGCGCAUGGGUGCGCUCGCAUCGGCUAUCUGCGCCAUCUUGGUGUUCAGCAUGAACCUCGCGGUCACAAUCUGGGUCUGGAAGAACCCCGAUUACGAGCAUGUGAAUGGCGUCGGGACAUUAUUCCAAGGCAGCUGCUCUACUGUUAGAGAAGUGAACGUCUACGUCCACCUGGUCGUGAAUGUACUCAGUACCUUAUUACUGUGCAGCUCGAACUACUGCCAACAGAUCCUUGCCGCCCCGAAUCGAGAAGAGCUGGGGCGUGCGCACGCACGGCGAAACUGGCUGCACAUCGGCGUUCCUAACCUCCGCAACCUAUGGCAUGUUGGAAGGGAUCGCUCUGUGUUGUGGAUUUUGUUGUUUCUCUCGUCUGUACCGCUACAUUUGUUGUUCAACUCCGUUGUCUUCACAAACCUGCAGGCAAAUGAGUAUGCUGUCAUACCGACGACGCCUGACUGGGUGAUGUCUACGCAAGACGUUUACGACACCUCGGGCUUUCUGGAUAUCAGCACGAACGCAACAGAAGUGAUCUCCUCAACAAUUAGUGGCCAAUAUAGAUUCGACCCCUCUGAUGCGGUCGCAUUGAGGAAUGGCAGCUCGAUGCCCAAAUACAGGAACGUCAGCACAUCCGAAUGUCUUGAAACAUACGGUACCCAGUAUGUCUCAGCAGUUGGGAAUUUGUACUUGAUCCAAGCAAGCCCAACGGUUCUGCGGAACGCUACUGCCUGGGUCGGUCGACGUUAUCGGAACGGCUUUUUCGAAUGGGUUCCUAGAACACCAGAGACGAUAGAAGAGGACCGCAAGAACGAUACAUAUGUUACCGAAGCUCCAAAUCAACAUCUCCCGUUCAUAAGCGACCCUAACGAUGAGACCGCAAUUCCAAGCAAUCGAUCAGCGUGGCAGCCAUUCGAAGUACCCGUGGCCUACUGCACUAUCGAACAAGUCGAAGAGUUUUGCAAGCUGCAAUUCAGUUUUACCAUCGCCACAGCAGUUAUUGUGGCCAACCUUGUCAAAGCGGCUUGUAUGAUACUGUUGCUUUUUCUGUACUGGGAUCAUGGCGCGCUUGUAACCAUAGGAGAUGCGAUCGCGGCAUUUCUCGAAGAUCCGGAUCCCGAAACCUACGGUCGUUGCCUGCACACCAAACGAGACGUCGGUCUCCGAUGGAACUGGAACGAAUACGCUAGCAUUCCGAAAGUGGCACUCGACACUGAGCCCGCGAGAUUCAAGAUGAGAAGAAGGAGGUGGGCUAGAGCUCCGAGCACCAUGCGAUGGUGGCAGACGUACUCUGCGUAA